CAUACAACCAUAUUCCACCCUCCCACCUACACUUGCAACCAAUAAACCAUACAUACACACUAUACAUCGUAAGUUCUCAACACAGGGAAGCCCGUACUCUAGGACUCUAGCUAGCUAGCUAGCCGGGCUGUAGCGGUGGUGGUGGUGCCAAGAAGAGCAGGGCUCCAAGAAAUGGCGCAGCUGCCGCCGAGGGCGCCGAGCGCGGGGGCGUCACAUGGCCACUGGUCGGCGGCGGGGGAGUUCCUCGGGUUCGCGGCGUCGAAGCGCGGCGCGCACCGCCGCUCGGCCAGCGACUCGGUGGCGUUCCUCGAGGCCGUGCCCAUGGACGACGUCAUCGGCGGCGGCGACGCGUUCGACCGGCUUGACGAUGAGCAGCUCAUGUCCAUGUUCUCCGACGUCGACGCACCGGCGGUCUCCGACGGCGCCGGGGACGCGCCGCUGAUGGACAUGGGGGACGGGGAGGACGGAAUGGCUGCCACGUCGCCGGUCGGCGCGCGGGCGGCGGCGGCGCAGGCGGCCGCGGACGGCGUCGCUGACCCCAGGAGGGUCAAAAGGGUACUGGCAAACAGGCAGUCAGCUCAGAGGUCAAGAGUUAGGAAGCUGCAGUACAUCUCCGAGCUUGAACGCAGUGUCACCGGUCUGCAGAUGGAGGUGUCAGCAUUGUCCCCUCGCGUGGCCUUCCUUGAUCACCAUCGGUCACUACUCACUGUAGGCAACAGCCAUCUCAAGCAAAGAAUUGCUGCCCUCGCCCAAGACAAGAUCUUCAAAGAUGCACACCAGGAUGCACUCAAGAAGGAGAUUGAGCGGCUACGCCAACUGUACCACCAGCAGCAGAUCAAGGCCACCACCGGUGGUGCCGACAUUGCCACAGCCGCUUCGAUGCAGGCCAGGCAAGAGCUUCUCGCGUGCGAGGGCGCUGCCAUUCGAUAGAAGGAAGCAACAAUCAGGCGGAUCAACUUCUGGUGGAUUUUUGGGCAAUUCAUGGAGUGGAAGAUACGCUCCUGUUAGUAAUUUUGUGCAGUCUGAUGAUAUGUUUGUUCGUUUCUUGCUGCUAAAUCUGUAUGUGAUGUUUGCUCACCCUGGUGAAAAAAUUGUUCCGGGAUGGGGCAUUUGUUGUGGAUGUAUUGUUUGGACGGCCUUACAUUUGUGUUGGUAAAGAUUUUUCAAGGUGGUUUGCUUUCUUCAGUUCUUUGAGUUUGUUGCAAACAGCACAUAUCGAGUUUGUUACUAGAUGAAACA